UCUUGCGCAGAAGGGAAACUUGGGGUUGAAAGUUUCAACUUGAAACUAAUUAAUUGAUUUCAAUUAUUUUGUUUUUUUUGACAGACUGAAGCUAUUUUUUUGUCAGUUUUUCGUUUUCUUUAGUUCGUGAAUUGUAAUGACGAGUGCCAAUCUUCCCAUCAACUUGGAGACAACUCCAUUAUUCAAAGACUAUGUAUCAAAUGUAAAGAAACAACUUCAAGAAGGUCGCAACUUUAGAGCUCAAGAACUUCAAGAAUUGUAUAAAUUCGAACCUGAUACUAGAGAGGAAAGGCCGAUUCUCAAUGUACCUAAAGAUCGACUUUUAGCAGACUUAAUUGUCAGCCAUAAAGAUCUGAUUGUAAAGGAUCAUGAACAUGAUUCGCUUUUAGAAAAUCGCCCUGAAGAAGACUUAACUGAAGAUGAAAGAAAAAGUGUAUGGAACGAAUAUGAACGGGAAAAAGAUGAAGAAAAUUACGCUAACGCCAAUAGCAAAAAAUCUGUGAAUAGUCCAAUUUACAAUAACAAUGAUUACUUGCGAGAAAUGUUCAAAAUUGAAUCUGACAUCAAAAAACUCGAUGAAUGGGCGGCGAAACUCAAAAGUGGCGAAAUAAAUAUUCAUAAUUCUUCUUUUCUUGCAGCAGCAGCAGAUGCAGUUGCUGCUUUUAAUGGUAAUUCAAAAACCAAUGAUACAAACAAUGUACCUUUAAUCGAAAUAGAUUAAUAUUCUAUUUUAUAUCACUUUUUGUAUUUCUAUUACAAUAUGUCAGUAUUUUUAAUUAGUAUAUUUAUUAAAUAAACGAGUUAUGUUAUACUAAAAA